AUUAUUCUCUAAACAGGAUGAGGCUGUUUGAAUAAGGCAUUUCACGGCUGGGCUGUUUAAGCACAUUCGAGGCCUACGAACAGCAUCUAGUCUGGGACAUGAACUGGAUAUAUAUGCGUUAAACCGGCGGGACGAUGCUGCGCGCUCUGAUCGCGGUGCUGUGCGCUCUGCUGCCUGCUCAAAGAGCCACUUGUGCCACCACCAAGUGCACAGCCAAAGAGUGCUUCACUCUCCACACAGAAAAGGUCAGGUUUGAGAAAGCCAGUGCGAACUGCUUCGAAAACGGCGGCUACUUGAUUACAGUAAGAGACGAUAAUGAUUUAGAAGCUGUGAAGUCACUUCUCGCGUUAGCCGGGAAGCUUUCAGUGCGGGAAAAAGUCUGGAUAGGACUGAAGCUUUCUAAAGGGAGCUGUGUGCUCAGUGACAAGGGGCUGCACGGCUUCAGAUGGAUCUCCGGCGCCCCGGAUUCCUCCUACUCCAACUGGAGAAACGAACCGAAGAGCACGUGCACGGAGGAGCGCUGCGUCUCGCUCUCUACUGCAACCGAGGGCCUGAAAUGGAGCGAUGGCUCUUGUAGGGAGCGCGCGCUGUAUAUGUGUGUGUAUUAUUUUAGGGGCAUGUGCAAACCCUUGUUACUUGCAGGACCGGGAGAGGUUAAUUACACGCUUCCAUUUUUAAAAGUGCCACUUAAACAAGACCGCGGUUUGGCUAUGUUACCUCAUGCAACAUUCGCUGAGAUAAGGUGCGCGUAUGACAGUGAGGUGAACACUUAUGCGGUGUGUAACGAAAGAGGCGCGCAUUUCGUCUGGGAAAAGCCCGGGCCAUACUGCGCCUCGGGUCAGCGGAGCUGCAAAACCAGAAACGGGGGAUGUGAUCAGCUGUGCUUUGAUGAUGGUGAUGUCGGAGUGCGUUGUGACUGUAAGGAGGACUACUACCUCGGCAACGAUAAAGUCACAUGUUUCCUUAAAGACGCCUGCCGCAAUUCACCCUGCAAACACGAGUGCACGCCGACAGCCACCGGGUUUGCAUGCACGUGUCCAGAGGGCUUUGAGCUUUCCGAAGACAAGGUCAGCUGCAAAGAUGUUGACGAAUGUAACCAGGACAUUUGCAAUGGUCAUAUAUGUCACAAUAAACAAGGGGGCUAUGAGUGUGAAUGCAAGAAAGGCUUUAAGGACGUUGAUGGUGUGUGCGAGGACAUAGACGAAUGUGCAGAAACGGUGUGCGCGCGUCACGCCAAGUGUCUCAAUUCCGAGGGUUCGUUCUCUUGUUACUGCUCUCCUGGCUUUAGAAAGUAUGGAGAGCAAUGUGUAGAUAUCGACGAAUGUCUGAAUCGGCCUUGUGAAGGUUUAUGUAGCAAUACAGACGGAAGCUACACGUGUUCUUGUGGCCCAGGCUUCCGCUUAGCUGAGAACCGCAUCAGCUGUGUUCCAGACCAAAAGCGCGCAACAACUUCUCGUGAUUUCGAAAUAGUGUUAACUAAAGGUUUGGAUGAGCCAGCACUAACCACAGUCACGCCACGUUUAAACACAGAGACAACUGCGGAAGCGCACCAAAGCGUGCGCAAUGAUGGCUCAGUUGUCGCUUCUUGGGUUUUGGUGUAUGCUUUGGGCUCGGUAAUCCCCCUUCUCCUCCUGAUUACUCUCACUGCGGUGAUUGUUGUGCACCGCUGGAAUCGCUCACGCAAAGACGCCCAGAAGAAAAGCGCCACAGCAGACAGCUACUGCUGGGUGUCUUCUGGAUACACACCUCACUUAGAAACACAGCGGAAGAGAAUAUACUGACUGCGCAACACUAUUAUAAUGGACUCCAACAGACCAGAAGAAAACUUUACUAUUGUUUUGGUUUUUUAUUUUACGCACUAUUACUUGUACUUUGAAUUCUUUGUGAUUUUUUUUUAUCAAUAAGACGUAACAUUUGAUACAAGACAUUCCUACUGUCUCACUGCACUGAACCACAGAUCAAAUCACCUUUGAUCAAUAACAACACAGAAGCUUAAUACAGCUUAUGCUUAUCAUCAAAAAAUAUGCUUGUAAAUGAACAAGUACUUCACACAUAGCCAGGGGGUCCACAGUCAUCAUUUUAAUAAUGUGCAGAAUGUUGAGAUUACUAUAAACUAGCCUCCUAUCAACUGCAAUCAAGGUUACAAAGUUAUACACUCUAUAAAACCUUUCAAAGGAGUGCGAAGUUCAGGUUCUACCUGAACUUCUUUUAAUAAACACUCAGUUAUCAGGUUUUACAAAGAACCUUUAAGGAUUCCCACAGAACAACAAACAGAGUUUUUAGGGAUGUGAUUGUUGUAGCUGUUAUUUAAUUAUUAUUAUAGUUAUAAGCUUAUUUGGCUGAUCACAGUAACUGAAUGGGUUUAAAAUUAUACCAAUCACACCAAUGUUUUUCUUAAAAGAAGCUCCGUAACUUGAAAACAAGCAUAAAUAAUGUCAACUCGAAUCUAACUGCAGGUGUAAUAAAACUGUUUACAAGAUACAAAAUGUUUUAAAUCUAUGUUUGAACACAUUGUAACUGGUUUAGGUUGAGUGGGUGAUAAGUUCAGAAAUCAAUAAUCUGUAAAGCAAUGUGCUUAAUAGUUGGAUUAUGAUAAUAAAACAAAUCUGAGCCUCAAUCAUAAAUGUCUGUGA